UGGUUAUCCAAAUAACAACUGAAGCUCUAUGCACAUUGCAACAUUCAUAUUUAUUCUUCAUAUUCAAAUUUUAACUUUGUUAGUGACAUUUUUAUGCAGCUACACUGCAAGUGAGGCUGGUAUUGGUUCUGAGAAAACUCCAGUGGAGCGUGCUCUGUUAGUUGAGUCAAGAAGGCAGGAGGUACUGUUGUUGGAUAAUGAGAUUGCUUUUAAUGAAGCUAUCAUUGAGGAGCGACAAGUGGGCAUACAGGAGAUCCAACAGCAAAUUGGAGAGGUUAAUGAAAUAUUCAAAGAUCUUGCAGUGUUGGUUCAUGAUCAAGGAAAUAUGAUUGAUGAUAUCGGCUCCAAUAUUGAUAACUCCCUUGUGGCCACUACACAAGCCAAAACCGAAUUAACCAAAGCAUCAAAGACGCAGAAAUCAAAC